CAAUAUGAAUCACACAGUCUUAGGCCUCGGCAGUUUUUCCCUGCAAACAAAUUCCAUGGAUAUGCUGAGUUCAAUGGGCACGGGUGACAGUAGCGAAAGUAAAGAUAUAUCCAUGGAUUACCUGGAGAUGACUGAUGAUGGACAAAAUAACCUACAUCAAUUAAAUGCGUCAUUGAGUGGCGCAGGCGGCAGCAGCAACACCAACAACGACACACUAACAAUAGAUCCGGUGUUAUUGGAACGAUUUACUCGUAAUCGCAGCAUAGAUGGCCUAUGGUACCAUGUGCUCAUCAUGCUCUACUGUGUUCUAAUCAUUUUCGGAGCAAUGGGGAAUAUUUUAGUUGUAGUAGCUGUGAUACGAAAACCAAUGAUGCGAACAGCACGAAAUUUAUUCAUAUUGAAUUUAGCUGUGUCAGAUUUAUUGCUGUGCUUGGUUACGAUGCCUUUAACGUUAAUGGAAAUUUUAUCAAAAUAUUGGCCAUUCGGUUCCUGUGCAAUUCUGUGUAAAAUGAUUGCCAUGCUCCAGGCGCUGAGUAUAUUUGUGUCGACAAUAUCAAUAACUGCGAUAGCCUUCGAUAGAUACCAGGUUAUUGUCUAUCCAACACGUGACAGUUUACAGUUCGUGGGAGCCGUAUCCAUAUUGGCAGGCAUCUGGUUGCUAGCCUUGCUGCUGGCAUCGCCCAUGUUUAUUUAUAAACGACUAAUUCAUGCUGACAUUCCACCCGUUCUCCAGGAACUCGGCAUACACGGUGUCUCGUUUUGCAUAGAAGAUUGGCCGCUGAAUCAUGGCCGCUUCUAUUAUUCCAUGUUCUCGCUGUGCGUCCAGUACUUGGUGCCCAUACUGAUAGUGUCGGCUGCCUAUUUCGGCAUUUACAACAAAUUAAAAAGUCGCAUUACCGUGGUCGCCGUCCAGGCCUCGUCACAGCGGAAAACGGAGCGGGGACGGCGCAUGAAGCGCACCAAUUGCCUGCUCAUUAGCAUAGCUGUGAUCUUUGGAGUGUCGUGGCUGCCGCUAAACUUUUUCAAUUUAUAUGCAGACAUGAAGCGGGGAGCGGUGACCAAUAGCAUGCUGGUGGCAUAUGCCUUCUGCCACAUGAUUGGCAUGAGCUCGGCCUGUUCGAAUCCCCUGCUCUAUGGAUGGCUGAACGAUAAUUUCCGUAAAGAAUUUCAAGAAUUAUUAUGCCGUUAUAAAGAAAACACUAAUAUUGCUCUUAAUGGUCAUACAACAGGAGGCGGACAAUCGCGUCGGAAACGAAAGAAUGCCGAUAUAUCAAAGGGUGAUCUAAAGCUAUUGAGCAGUGUGGGUGUUGGUGGAGCAGGAGCCGGUGGCGGGGCUGGUGGAGGGGAUGGCCGUAUGUCCGGUGGUCUAUUGGGUAUUGGAAAUUCCAAUAACAAUUUUGGUGGUAGUGGUAAUAUGCGUAGUGCUGUAACCGAAUCGGUGGCUCUAACAGAAAAUCCCAUGUCAAUGGAAGUUACAACGACACUUGUGAUCCGGUAA